AUGGAUGGUCUGAAUCAAAAGGCUCUUGAAGAUAAAUGGUUUAGCAGUGUGUUAAGCAAAAAAAGAUCAGCAGAAGCAAGACUUCAUCGUAAACGUCAACUUCAAUCCAAGAGAGCAAAGAAAUUGAAUGGACUGCAGAAGGAGAAUGUAGGAAAGACUACCCCAAUUAGUAGUCAUGAUAAUGCUCAUGCAAGAAUUCCAUUUUCUACCAUAUCUCAGAACAUUCCAAGUUCCAGCAAUUCGGUUAUAACAACUUUGCAGAAAACUCAUGCUUCCUCAGUGAUCAGCAGUCUUGCAAAUUCGUUGAAUAAAAAACGUCCAAGAGUGGUUACAUUCAGAAACAUCAAUAUGAGAGGGACGAAUUUAAAGAAUAGAUUUGAUAACGUUGUUGGUGAAUGUGGUUCUACAUCUUCAAAAAACUCUCCAUUACAUACUACUGAAAUCAAUGAACUUUUUGAAGAUGACAACGAAGAGGAUAAUAUUCAUGAUGAUUCGUCAGAGAGUUGGAGUUCAGACGACAGCAUGGUUAUGGACGAAGAUGAAGAAGAUAUGGACAAUCAAGCUGUAAUGGUCAAUGCACUACCAUCAGGAGAUUUUUACGACAUAGGUGAUCCAGUGUUUGAAUGUCCAAAAUGUGGUGCAAACAUGUGGUAUUUAGAAAGGAAGACCAAGUGUCGGCAAACAUUAAGUCCUAAGUUCACAAUGUGUUGCGGGGAUGGUAAAGUUCAAAUUCCUCUGUUGAGAGAACCUCCACCGGUGUUACAGAAACUGCUGUUUGACCAAACAAACCCUGAAUCAAAACUAUUUCAACAACAAAUACGUCUUUUCAACAUGAUGUUUGCAUUUACGUCUUCGGGUGCUAAAAUGGACAACCGUUUUAACAAUGGUAGAGGUCCUCCAAAUUACCGAAUUCAAGGACAAUCAUGUCAUCGUAUAGGUAGCAUGUUACCAUUGCCAGGACAAAAUCCCCGAUUUGCACAACUCUAUAUAUAUGAUACUGAACAUGAAAUACAGCAUAGAGUAAACGGAUUCAAGACAAAAGACGGAAUAGAUCUUGACAUAGUGAAAAAACUCUCUUCUAUGUUAUAUCAACACAAUGUUCAUGCCCAGAGUUUUAAGAUGGCAAGGGAUAUACUUUCCGAAGGCAAUGUUUCUGACCUAAAGCUCCGUCUUAUUUCCGAGCGACGCACCGAUGGAAAAAUUUAUAAUCAACCAACUGUUUCUGAAGUUGCUGCUCUAAUUGUUGGUGAUGUUGACACUGCUGAGAAGAGGGACAUAAUAAUGCACAAACAGACUGGACAACUUCAAAGAAUAGAUGAAUAUCAUACAUCAUAUUUGGGAUUUCAAUAUCCAUUGCUUUUCCCUUAUGGCGAAGAUGGUUACAGGCCGAACAUUAGACAUCGUAAUCAAGAUUCCAACAAUAGACGUAACUCAGAAUCAAUGACUGGAGUAGCCGACAACGAGGAUGUUCCGUGGGAGCAAGCAAAUAAAAGAAAUAGACUCACAAUUAGAGAGUGGUUUGCAUUUCGUAUUCAAGCCAGAAAGAAUGAGGCCCAAACGGUUAUCAGAUCAAGAAGGUUAUUUCAACAGUUUUUGGUUGAUGGUUAUACAAUGAUGGAAUCUGAGAGACUUCGAUGGUUAAGAAAAAAUCAAUCUAAACUUCGGGUUGGAAAGUAUAACUAUCUAACAGAUAUCAGAACCAAUGGACAUACCGAUGGUGCAAACACAGGGAAAAGAGUUGUCCUUCCAUCGUCCUAUGUUGGUAGUCGCAGAUACAUGGAUCAACUUUACUUUGAUGGAAUGGCAAUAUGUAGUUAUGUAGGAUUUCCCGAUCUAUUCAUAACGUUUACGUGUAAUCCAAACUGGCCGGAAUUGAAACGUGUACUUGCUUCUAAUAAUUUGACACCAGCAGAUCGGCCGGACCUCAUCACGAGAAUAUUUAAGAUGAAAUUUGAUGAGUUACUGUCAGAUUUGACUAAAAAAAGUUGUAUGGGCAAAGUUCUUGCGUAUAUGUACACAAUUGAGUUUCAGAAAAGAGGCCUUCCCCACGCUCAUAUUUUGAUAUUUCUACAUCCAUCCAGCAAAUAUCCAACACCUGCUGAUAUUGACCGUAUUAUAUCUGCCGAAAUUCUGAACAAGGACACCGACGGAGACUUAUAUAACUUGGUAAAAAGUCACAUGAUUCACGGACCAUGCGGAAACGCAAACCGGUCUUUGCAAUGCAUGAAGGAUGGUAAAUGUUCCAAAUACUUUCCUAAAGACUUUCGGGCUGAGACAGUCGUCGAUCAAGAUGGUUAUUCGGUUUACAGAAGAAGGGACAACGGUCACACUGUCAUUAGGAAUGGUAUAGAGGUUGACAAUAGAUUUGUUGUUCCUUACAAUGCAAAAUUGUUGUUGAAGUUCAGAACUCAUAUUAAUAUGGAAUGGUGCAAUCAAAGCACAUCCAUAAAAUAUUUGUUUAAAUACAUCAACAAAGGCUAUGAUCGAAUAACUGCUGCAAUUGUCAUGAAUGAAAAUGGAUGUCCUAUUGAGCGUCAAGAUGUUGAUGAAAUCAAGCAGUAUAUUGACUGUAGGUAUGUUUCUCCAAGUGAAGCAUCUUGGAGGAUUUAUGGUUUCCCCAUUCAUGGAAGAAAACCAGCUGUGGAAAGAUUACACUUCCAUUGCGAAGGUCAACAUUCAGUCUACUAUACUGACAUCAGCAAUGUUUCCAAUGUCCUUGAGAAACCAAGUGUAACUGAAUCGAUGUUUACGGCAUGGUUUGAAGCUAAUCAGAAAUACACCGAAGCUCAACAGUUAACUUAUAGCAAUUUUGUUUCAAAGUUUGUAUAUGUCAAAAAGAAGAGAGAGUGGAAACCCAGGCAGAAGGGUUACACAAUUGGCAGGUUAAUUUGGGUUCCUCCAACUACAGGAGAAUUGUACUUUCUCAGAAUGAUGCUUACACAUGUGAAGGGCCCUCGAAAUUAUUCAGAUAUGAAAAUAGUUAACAACGUCAAGUACGAUACUUUCCGUGAUGCAUGUUUUGCAAUGGGUUUUAUUGGGGAUGAUCGCGAAUUUAUAGCUGCUAUUUCAGAGGCAUUUCAGUGGGGUUCUGGCCACUAUUUAAGAUUGCUUUUUGUCCACAUGUUGUUGUCAAGUAGCAUUAACAGACCAAGGCAUGUAUGGAGCAAAACAAGGCAUCUUCUAUCUGAUGGAAUUCUUUACUCUCAGCAGACUAUUGCCAACAACAGAGAAAUUUACAAUCUGACAUUGAUUGAGAUAGAAAAGCUACUACAAUGCAACCCUAAGAGCCUAAGCGACUUUCCUGGGAUGCCAAAACCACAAGGAUAUGUUCCCAAAGAAUUUGGCAACAAGCUUAUUUACGAAGAGCGGAACUACAAUCCCGAUGAACAACUUCAAGAAUUUAACAUGCUGUAUCAGAAUCUCACAGAUGAACAAAGGGAUGUAUUUAAGCAAAUCAUGAUGGCCGUGAAUAACCAGAAUGGAGGCGUGUUCUUUCUUUAUGGUUACGGCGGUACAGGCAAAACCUAUAUGUGGAGAACACUAGCUUCUUAUAUAAGAUCAAAGAAACAAAUAUGUCUGACAGUUGCUUCUUCUGGAAUUGCCUCACUAUUACUUCCAGGUGACCGGACGGCGCAUUCUAAAUUCAAAAUUCCGAUUCCCACGCUUGAAUCUUCCACAUGCGACAUAAACAAAGGGAGCGAUAGAGGUGAUCUACUAAAACUAUCAAAGUUGAUAAUCUGGGACGAGGCUCCAAUGUGUCACAAAUUUUGUUUUGAGGCAUUGGAUAAAACUCUGAAGGAUAUCAUGGGUGGAUCCAAAGCAUCAAAUAAAAUAUUUGGAGGUAAGGUAAUAGUCUUCGGCGGUGAUUUCAGGCAAAUUCAUCCAGUUAUUCCAAGAGGCAGCCGCUCAGAUAUAGUUCAUGCUACAAUAAAUUCAUCAUAUAUAUGGGAUCACUGCAAGGUUUUGAAACUCACAAAAAACAUGCGACUACAGCAGUCGGCAAAAUCCACCAGUUCUGCAGAGUUAAUACAUUUCUCAGAUUGGAUUUUAACUGUUGGAGAUGGGAAGAUGUCAGAACCAAACGAUGGUUACGCAGAGAUCGACGUUCCUAAAGAUCUGUUGAUCUCUGAUUUAAAUGAUCCCCUUGAGGCAAUAUUUGAAAACACCUAUCCAAAUUUUGAUGUUAAUUACAAUAAUGUGGAUUUUCUACAGUCAAGGGCAAUAUUAGCUGGAACCAUAGAGACUGUUGAUCAAAUCAAUCAGUAUAUUUUAGAAUUUGUUCCCGAAUUUUUGAAUGCCUUGCAAACUUCCGGUGUCCCCAAUCAUAAAAUCAAAUUGAAUAUUGGUACUCCAAUAAUGCUUCUCAGGAAUAUUGACCAAGCAGAAGGCCUUUGCAAUGGAACACGUCUCAUUGUUACCAAAUUGGCCGAUCAUGUUAUAGAAGCAAAAAUUAUUUCUGGAAAGAACAUUGGUGGUGUCGUAUACAUUGCACGAAUGGACAUAACUCCGACUCAAUCACCAUGGCCCUUCCGAAUGACCAGAAGACAGUUUCCUAUAAUGGUAUGCUACGCUAUGACAAUUAACAAAUCUCAAGGUCAAUCUUUAGAUUUUGUCGGUAUAUAUUUGCCAAGAAGCGUGUUCAGUCAUGGUCAAUUUUAUGUGGCAGUAUCAAGAGUAAAGAGCAAAAAGGGUCUAAAGAUUUUAAUUCACGACAAAGACAAACAACCAUUGUCGGUCACGACGAAUGUCGUUUUCAAAGAAGUCUUUGAAAAUUUAUAG